AUGACUCCAAUCCCAUCUCAAAUGCGCGCCAUACACCUUCUCUCCCCUGGACGAGCAACGCUUGCCUCCCUCCCCACCCCUUCUCCACGAUCAGGAGCCAUACUUAUCCGCAUCCUAACAGUUUACGUCCAGUCCAAUACUGUAGACAUUCUCAACGCCUCUCAUCCUCUCUAUGAGCUACCAUACCCGGUCGUCCCAGGCACAAACGCCAUCGGCCGCGUCGCCGCACUCUCCCCCGACACUACCGCCUUCAAAGAGGGCGACCUAGUCCUUCUCGAUUCCUUCAUCCGGGCCCGCGAUGAUCCAUGGAACGUACAGAUCCUCUGGGGCGCAAACGCCGGUAUCACGCCCGCUUCAAAGGAGUUUUUGAAGGGGAACUGGAGAGAUGGGUGCAUGGCGGAGUACGCCCUCGCUCCGCUUGAAAAUGUACACGGGUUGGACGAGAUGAGGUUGACCGAUUCGCCAUCAAACCACGGCCUCGGUUACACCAUCCCUGAGUUGCUCUAUCUCGUCUCUUGCAUCAUCGUGUACGGCGGUCUGAAGGGCAUCGGACUCCAACCCGGGGAGAGAAUCAUCGUCACCCCUGCGACGGGAGCAUCAUCUGGCGCAGCGGUCGCCGUGGCGCAUGCCAUGGGCGCCAACGUAAUCGCCGCCUCUCGCUCGGACUCGAAGCUUGCGACACUGAAGGCUUCGAUCCCAACCUCUCCCGGCAGGCGGCCAUUCGAGACGGUUGUGAUGACGGAUGACGUCGAAAAAGAUGCUGCUGCCCUGAGAGCCUUUGGGCCUGUCGACGCGGUGAUUGACAUGUCACCGCCGGCGGCGACUGGAUCGCAGCAUAUCAGGUCUGCAGUAUUGGCUCUCCGAGCGUAUGGUCGGGUGUCAUUGAUGGGAGGGCGUGCGGACGAGAGCCUGCCGUUCCCGUGGCUGACCGUUCUUGCGAAUAAUUUGACCAUCAAGGGGCAGUUCAUGUACAAGAGGAAGGACGUCAAAGAGCUAAUCAACCUAGCCGAGUCGGGACUGCUGAAGAUGGGGAAAGAGGCGGGGCAUGAGGUGGAAGAGUUUCCUCUUGAGAAAUGGGAGGCUGCGGUGGAUUUUGCGGCGAAGAAUGCUGGGCAUGGGAAAAUGACUUGCAUCGUGCCGUGA